AUGAGGGAAGAGAGCAACAAGAAGAGCAAGCUCUCCUGGUCGAAAUCCCUCGUGAGGAAGUGGUUCAACAUCAAGACUAAGGCGCAGGAUUUCCAUGCGGAUUGCGACGCCACCCAAGGGAGGGACGGGCAUGGCGGUGAAUGGAGGACCAGCUGCUCAGAGAGGGAGGCAGGCGCAGCCAAGAAAAGCAGAACUGACCGGUCGUCGAAGCGUAGUAUGGACCGAAUCCGAGGAGGAAAAAACGACGUCGUCGAUGCGGCACGCCUCACCGAAGUUCAGAAUUACAGAAUCUUUGCCUCCACGUGGAAUGUCGGAGGUAAAUCCCCACCAAGGGGAUUGAAUCUUGAUGACUGGCUCCAUUCUUCACCUCCAGCUGAUAUCUAUGUGUUAGGAUUUCAAGAAAUUGUUCCUUUGAAUGCUGGAAAUGUUCUUGGCACUGAAGAUAAUCUCCCAGCCAAAAAAUGGGUAUCCCUUGUCAGGAGGACAUUGAAUAAGAAUCCUGGUUCAUGCUGCUAUGGUGGCUAUCGCACACCAUCUCCUGUCCCUGAUCCGGUUGUUGAACAAGAUGCUGAUUUUGAAGGAUCAUCGAGAAGGCAGGAUAGUUUAUCCUAUUUGCACCGUCGGUCAUUCAACCUUAGCCGGAGUUUAAGAGUUGAAGGGAACCAUAUGCUGCCACACCCAAGGUACUGUUUGGUUGCCAGCAAGCAGAUGGUCGGUAUAUUUCUCACCAUUUGGGUACGCAGCGAAAUAAGAAAUGAUGUGAGAAACCUGAAAGUUUCUUGCGUGGGUAGAGGACUAAUGGGUUAUCUUGGAAAUAAGGGGUCUAUAUCCAUAAGCAUGUCUUUGCACCACACAACCUUUUGUUUUGUCUGUUGUCAUUUGACCUCCGGUGAAAAGGAGGGAGAUGAACUUCGGAGGAAUUCUGAUGUUAUGGAAAUUCUAAGGAAGACUAGAUUUCCACAGGUCCGUGGUGCUUCUGAUGUCAAGUCACCAGAAACAAUUCUUGAGCAUGAUCGUAUCAUUUGGCUUGGGGAUUUGAAUUAUCGGAUUGCUCUUUCAUACUGCUCAGCUAAAGCUCUUGUUGAAAUGCAUAAUUGGAAACAACUAUUGGAGAAAGAUCAGCUACGGAUAGAACGAAGAUGUGGGCGUGUUUUCCAGGGAUGGAAAGAAGGCAGGAUUUAUUUUCCUCCAACAUAUAAAUACUCAUUCAACUCAGAUCGUUAUUCUGGAGUGCGUCCCAAAGAAAAACGGAGGACGCCUGCUUGGUGUGAUCGUAUUUUGUGGUAUGGUAAUGGCCUGAUGCAAUUGUCCUAUGUUCGUGGAGAGUCUCGCUUCUCUGACCACAGGCCAGUGUACAGUAUUUUCAUGGCUGAGGUUGAAAGCAUCCGCCACAGAAGAAGAAACAUGGGCUAUUUCAGCUCUAGAAUUGAGGUGGAAGAGCUUUUGCCAGAUCCAUACAGCUCUGGAGAAAUGAAGUUCUACUAA